CCUGUUGCAUCCUGUACGUUUGCGAUAAUUUAGACAAUCAUGUCUGGACGCGGCAAAGGCGGCAAGGGUCUGGGUAAGGGAGGCGCUAAGCGCCACCGCAAGGUUCUGCGCGACAACAUCCAGGGCAUCACCAAACCAGCUAUCCGUCGCCUGGCCCGGCGUGGCGGUGUGAAGCGCAUCUCCGGCCUCAUCUAUGAAGAGACCCGCGGGGUGUUGAAGGUAUUCCUGGAGAACGUGAUCCGGGACGCCGUCACCUACACCGAGCACGCCAAGCGCAAGACUGUCACCGCCAUGGACGUGGUCUACGCGCUCAAGCGCCAGGGACGCACUCUCUACGGCUUCGGCGGCUAAAGUCUCAUUCUGUACAUUUUUUUUUUUAAGGCCCUUUUCAGGGCCGCCCACCUCCGCUCAGGAAGAGCUGUACGCGACUUCCGUAUUCAAAACAUAUCUGUUGGAAAAAAAGUGGUUCUGUUUUAAGGCUAACGUGGCCUUAUCUACAGGCCAAACGGUUCGCUUUCACUGCCGGUCUCCAUCAGCCAGUCUUUGGGUACCUGCUAAGAGUAGGGGUACCUUUGCCUAAUCAGGCUGCAAGGGCUCGCUUGUGGGUGGGGCUAACACUGGACUAAGGAAAGCUAAUGAGAGGGGUCUGGAAGUCCCGGUAACCUCAAUGAAGGACUUAUGGCCCGGCGUCCCCGGCUUUUUCUAGUGGGAGGGAUCCUGCCUACCUCACAUAGUCUGUAAAAGGAGCGACAACUGCCAGCCGGAGUUUCGUCGAGGAGGCGGUUUCUUUCUUGGGAAGCGGGCAUUACUGAGUCGCCGCCGAUCUUGUUUUUGGUCCUGGGAGGGUUCAGUAAAUAUUUGUACAAAUUGCCAGAACCUGCGAGGGUGCUGCUUCGCUCACGAGAAGUCAGAAGCCGGAUCAGUUAAAAUGCAUUGCGAGCAAGACGCCAGCUGGUAGUUCCUAGUGUAUUUGCCUUUAGCAAAGUCAGGAAAGAUCUGCCUUCUAUGAUCUCUCCAUUCCCAGCACCUCCCCGUCCUCCGCUGGGUCGCGCCCCAGACCUUGGCCUCAGGUACCUCUAGAGUUUGAGCCAGGCAUCAUGCUGAGUGUCGUCACCCCCCGUAAAGCCAGUGAUCUCGGGUUUAAAAAUGCCUCGGUAUUGCUGAUUUUCAUCCUCAGGCUGGGGCCCUCCCUAAGCCUCUAGCUAAGCAGAGUUUGUAAAUUCCCAUUUACUAGACUAAGGGAGUCUGUUCUGAACCCCUAGGCCUCUGUCAGGGCCUUUGAGGUUGUAAGGGAGAAGCUCCCUCCUUUGUGGUUAAGUGGCUCUCUUGCACCUUCACCUUCCUUCCAGCUUAUCUCUUUCCUCUGUCUGCAGUAAACUGUAUUUUUUUUAAUGAAACUUUCAAACAUGACUAUGUUAUUAUAAAAGGAUUUUUAAAGUAUGUCCUCAAAUUGAUAAACCAGCUAACAAUAAUCAGCAUCUUUGAUUUAAUGUUUGAAAAGCGUGUACUGAUGGCUGCUUUAGAAGACGCUUUGCUGCCUCGUUACUCUGCUAAUGUCUCUCUCUUGACACCUGACUAGCUGGUUGGGAAAGCGAGAUUCUAAAGUUCAGGUGAGAGGUCUGGACUAGAUAAAAAAUUUGGGACUCAUCAACAUACAAACGGUGAGACUGGAUGAGAUCACUAAGAACUUAAACAUGGUUUAAUGCAGCACAUUGUUUGUAAUGGUAAAAGAGUGGAAACAAUGUAAAUUGUCAUGAGAAGGGACCAGAUAAAAUAUUAUCUAUAUCCAUAAAAUGGCGUUUUGGUUCAGGCUGCUAUAAUAAAAACACCAUAGACUGUGUGCUUUAACAACAAACAUUUCUCACAGUUCUGGAGACUGAAGUCCAAGAUCAAGGCACUGGACAGAUUCAGACAGAUCUGGUGUCUGAUGACCCAUUUCCUGCUUCAUAGACUGCUGUCUUCCCUUGUGUCCUUUCAUAGCAGAGUUGAAUGAAUGCAUGCAUGAAUUUUCUACACAAGCGUUCAGGCCCUCUCCCACCCCCCUAGCCCACCAGAGGGCUGCCAUAAUUGAUCCCCCAUCUACAAUUCCUUGACUUGGCACUGUCUGAAUCAGUCAGCAUGCCAGGUUUUCUCUGGCUCUUAGGAAUGUUGCAGGAGUGGCAAAUCAGGCAGCAUUAUCUUUGCUCUGAACAAGGACUUCAUGACUGUUAGGCCUGAGGAAGGCUCACAGGUUUUUCACUCAGGUAGUGGGUGUGACUAAAAUGAGUGUGAUACUAUCUACACGGCUUAUGAACUAAAAAAAACAGGCCAGCCAUAACAGAAGCUGGUCUAUGGAGCAACCACACCUCCCUCCAGUGCAGGAAAACUAUCCACACACUUCAUUACAUAUGCUCUGAAUGGAGGACAGGAAAUUCUAAUUUGCUUACUGGUGUACCCCAAUGCCUACAACACUAUCAGGCACAUUACAUGAAAUCAAUACAUAUCUCCUGACAGACACCAGGACACCAGCUAAGGAAAACAUAAAGUGACCACUAUCCCAACCAGGCCCAUUUUUGCUCCUCUGGUCAUCUAGAAUGCAGCCUUGAACUCUCCCCAUUGACAGUUUAAAUUAAGCCAGCCUCUGUACUUUUAUCAUUCCCCCCAAAAUCUUGGAGGACAGUUAUCAGGUGGGAAAUGGGACCAAAAAAGCUAGGAGAAUUAUUGACUGAAACUAACACACCGAGGCUGAAAUCAGCCUUCUAUAAAAAUGAUACAAAAAGGAACCCAAUGACAGAGGCAUUUGU